AUUGUCAUCUUCGAUAUGGCAUCUCGAACAUCUUUACUGAAAAAGCCUAUCAAAUGGGAAUAUAAAACACAUCAUCGCCUCGUAUAGUUCACUAAUCUGUGAAUAUGUAAAAGCUGACCAAAACCAAGUCAUGCGUUAAACAAAAGCUAGAUGUGUUUUAAGCCUUAUUCUGUCACUGCAGAAUAGCAGUUACCAACUUAAUAGUACUAAAUUAAUCACGUCUAAUUGCCUUAAAAGUUUUUUCAUGAUUGCCAAAUUAACCACAGAUACAGUUACCAAAAGUGCACAGUAAAAAACUUGGUAAAGCAUGGAGAAUUUUGUGCUGUCAAAGUGCAGCCGCCAACUCCAAAAAGCCAUGCACCAUAUCAGAGUACUCUCUUUACUCAAUUGUGUUAUCUUCCACCUCCAGUAGAGCCUGCUUUCAAUCAGAAAGCUGUAUUUCGUCGAAAAUAGUGGGAAAAAAAAUAGUCUCAAAAGUUUAACUUAUUAGUUGUUCCAUAUUGCUGCUAAGUGCAACAAGCUACUAUAUCAGAAAAGUACACGCCUGCGAAUCGUUGUCAUGAGUGCUCAAGCUCCUUCAUCGCAGCCAGAUGAUUACAAAAUCAAGGAUACGAACCCCCAGCUUGGGGAACGAUGGCCUCAUGGAGGUGUUCGUGGUGGCGGAGGAUGGAUUAGCAGCGACAGAGUCCCGAGCACGUAUGAUCUUGUCGAACAGAUGCAUUAUCUUUAUGUUCGAGUCGUUAAGGCCAAGGACUUGCCACCAAAUCCCGUGACCGGAAGCUGUGAUCCAUAUGUGGAGGUGAAACUCGGGAACUAUAAAGGAAAGACACAGCGUUUUGAGAAGAAAACAAAUCCUGAAUGGCACCAAGUGUUUGCAUUCUCCAAAGAGAAGAUCCAGUCUUCAGUUCUCGAAGUUUUUGUCAGAGACCGGGAGAUGGUGGCCAGAGAUGAUUAUAUCGGGAGGGUGCUCUUUGAUAUGAAUGAGGUACCAACUAGAGUUCCACCAGACAGCCCACUGGCACCUCAGUGGUAUAGACUCGAAGACCGCCAAGGCAAUAGCAAGAUCAGGGGGGAGAUUAUGCUUGCAGUGUGGAUGGGAACACAAGCUGAUGAAGCUUUUCCAGAAUCCUGGCAUGCGGAUGCAGCUACAGUUCAAGGGGAAGGUGUUUACAGUGUAAGAUCAAAGGUUUAUGUUUCACCUAAAUUGUGGUACUUAAGAGUCAAUAUCAUUGAAGCUCAAGAUGUAGAAUCUCAGGACAAGAGUCAGCUACCCCAGGUAAUUGUAAAGGCUCAAGUAGGGAACCAGGUACUGAAGACUAAAUUGUGCCCAAACAGAACAACUAAUCCAUUCUGGAAUGAAGACCUGAUCUUUGUAGCUGCCGAGCCGUUUGAAGAACAGUUGGUGCUCACAGUCGAAAACAAGAUAAGCUCAUCUAAAGAUGAGGUUGUUGGCAGGAAAAACUUGCCAUUGAACAUCUUUGAAAGGAGGUUAGAUCACCGACCUGUUCACUCUAGCUGGUUCAACCUUGAAAAGUUCGGGUUUGGAGUCCUGGAGGCUGAUAAGAGACAUGAGCUCAAAUUUUCCACCCGUAUCCAUAUCCGAGCUUGUCUUGAGGGAGGUUACCAUGUGCUGGAUGAAUCCACCAUGUAUAUCAGUGACCAACGUCCAACAGCUCGCCAGCUGUGGAAGCAGCCAAUUGGAAUCCUUGAAGUCGGCAUCUUAAGUGCCCAAGGGCUGCAAAAAAUGAAAACAAGGGAGGGACGUGGAACCACAGAUGCAUAUUGUGUGGCCAAAUAUGGACAGAAGUGGGUGAGAACCCGAACAGUCCUUGAAAGCUUUAGUCCUAAAUGGAAUGAACAAUACACCUGGGAAGUUUAUGACCCUUGUACAGUUAUAACAUUGGGAGUCUUUGAUAAUUGCCACUUGGGAGGCGAUGAAAAACCCACUGGGAGGGACUCCAGAAUAGGAAAGGUCAGAAUCAGGUUAUCAACUCUAGAAACAGACAGGAUUUACACACAUUCUUAUCCACUUCUAGUUCUGCAACCAUCAGGGGUGAAGAAGAUGGGAGAACUUCAAAUUGCCUUUCGCUUUACUUGUUUAUCUCUCGCACACAUGAUUUACCUUUAUGGUCGUCCUCUACUGCCAAAAAUGCAUUAUCUGCAUCCUUUCACGGUAAGUCAAGUAGACAAUUUAAGGUAUCAAGCUAUGAACAUCGUAGCAUCCAGGCUGGGACGAGCUGAGCCUCCACUAAGGAAAGAGGUUGUGGAGUACAUGCUGGAUGUGGAUUCACAUAUGUGGAGCAUGAGAAGAAGCAAAGCAAACUUCUUCAGAAUAGUUACCCUCUUCACAGGCGUAGUCACUAUGAGUAAAUGGCUCGGUGAUGUUUGCCACUGGAAAAACCCGGUGACUUCCAUUCUAGUCCAUAUUCUGUUUUGCAUAUUAAUAUGCUACCCAGAACUCAUCCUCCCGACCAUUUUCCUCUACAUGUUCCUAAUCGGCAUAUGGAAUUACCGAUACAGACCAAGGCAUCCGCCUCAUAUGGACACUAAACUUUCAUGGGCAGAAGCAGUUCAUCCUGAUGAAAUGGAUGAAGAGUUUGACACAUUCCCCACAUCCAAGCCAAUAGAUGUUCUUCGAAUGAGGUAUGACAGACUUCGCAGCGUAGCAGGACGAAUCCAGACAGUUGUAGGGGACAUGGCAACCCAGGGAGAGAGAUUUCAUGCCCUGCUCAGCUGGAGAGAUCCAAGAGCAACGAGUCUCUUCGUAGUUUUCUGCCUCUGCGUUGCAGUAAUUCUAUACAUUACACCUUUCCAGUUAGUGGCUGUGUUAACAGGUUUCUACUUGUUGCGUCACCCAAGAUUCAGGAGCAAGAUGCCUUCAGUUCCCAGCAAUUUCUUCAAAAGAUUGCCAUCCAGAGCCGAUAGCAUGCUCUAGUUUUUCUCUACUUUACUUCCCUUCUUUACAUUCAAAUGCUAGCCAUGUAAUUUGAACUGAUUUCUGCUAAUAUAUACAUUCAUACUCUUAAGUUUGAUACUUACAAUCCUAAAAGGUAUAGCCGAAGCUGCCGAACAGGGCAUGAUAGCCAUAAUAAAGGCAAAAGAUUCAACUAUCAAAUUCAAAUUCUGAAGCUUUUUCCUUAGGAGGAAAAAGAAUUCUUAUCAAUGACGCAAGUUUGUAAGUGGGAAGCUCAGUUCCAGCUUUGGUUAAUUAACAUUAAUAAACUGGAAUCAAGGUUGCAUGCAUUAGUUUCAUUUCAGCGGAAACUGGAGUAAAUGGCACUCUUUCAGUCACUGGAAUAAAAGAAGCCGGGAAGUUUACAGUUUCAGUGGACUGAAUACCUUAAUGCACAUAAUAAAGAGAAUAUGAUACUUGAUGAAGUAAGAGGUGUUCACGGAGAAAUGUGAUUUCUUCAUGCAAUUUCAUAGUUCGCAAUUAAGGGUCCAUGGAAACCCUUGCAGGGUAGAAAAUACAUGGAUCUGAUGUUAUACAGUGCACAAAACAAAGAAACAAGCAAAAGACCAACAACGUCAUCCAGUAAAAUUAAGGAGUUUCAUCAGGGAAUCAGUGGUAUCUACAUUCUCUAAAAACAUCUCCAUCAGCAGAAGAUGUUUCAAAAUCUCUGACAUAUUUAAAUUACCGCUAAAUAAGUACUUCACCCCAACAGUAUAAGAAUACUGAAUUUUUUGAUUGUCAUUCAUUGACACGCACCUAAUCAUCCUUAAUUCUCCGAAGCAUUUUGGAAGCCCAGCGCCGUACGCGUUUCUUCAAGGUGUAGCCAACAAUUAUUCCAGCAACAAAACAGACAGCACUUAUCUUUGAGCAGGUCCAAAUAGUCACUGUGUUUCUGAAUUCCAAAAAAAGUAAACAGGUCACCAUAUUAACUUGAGAACAAUUAUGCAGCAGCAGCAACAGUAUAAUUAUUGAUGCAAAAAACAAAAUUUAAAUAUUUCCAAUCAAGCGGACAAACUACAGCACUUCAGCAUUAUUGCAAAUGUACACAUGCCUAACCCAUGGACAAUACUGUCUUAAAAAAACAUGAAGCAGCACACAAGAAAAGUAUCGAGCUUAUUCAGGUGAAUCAGAUCCCUAGAAUCCAAAAAAAACUGAACUUUUGCGAAUUUCAGCAGGGACAGCUGAUGAAAUUUCAGGAGGGACAUGCGAGAACUCAAAUUUCAAUUCAACUUCCACAUAGUGCCUACUUUUCUAUCAAAUUAUGACGAGGGCAGUUCAUUAAAUGACAAACUUGUUGAACAUGUAAUAUAGGAAUAGAAAAUUUGGAGUGAAAUCGAAGAUCAAAUUAUACAAAUAGAAGUGAAGGGAGCUACAUAAGCAAAAUGUUGGCUUUAUCAGAAUCACUGGAGCCACUCUAUUUCCAUCAUUUAAAGUUGUAGUUUAGUUACAUCAUCAUCUGUUGCAACUCAGAGAGAAAUCUAAGUUAAGGGAACAUUUGUUUCAACCAAAGCAAUGUAAUUGCUCCCCUUCCUAUGCAAGGUUUGACCAAUUAUACAAUCUUAUCCUUGUAAGCAAUAAACAUACAACAUGAUUAGAUGAUCCCCAUUUUCAAUGUUCCAAUUUAGCUGUAAUCCUAGCCAGAUACGUUAGGCAUCCACACGACACUGUUUUCCCACUUUCAAAAUUAUAGUACAUAAAAAAAAGAACAGCAUAACUACUACCCAAAUCCAAUUCCAGUAUUCCACCAUAAUAAUAGUCCAAUCAGAGAGCAAUACGUCGAGAAAGAAACAACUUUAAUCAUUUAAAAAGACAAAAUUAACAAGGUUUAGCUGUGGUUAAGCAAAAAAAGAAGUACCGGGACUCUCUGGCGAGUAAGAAUGGAGGCGGCGGUGGCGGCGGCGGCGUCGAGAUGGAAGUGGAGGAAGCGGAAGAAGAGUCCGUCGUGAAAUUCUUGAGGGAGGCUUUGGCUUUCUCAAAGGUGGAAGCAAUCGAGCUAACGGUGCUGCUGACGGUUGGGUCUUGAGACAUCGACAUGGCUUUACGAACUCCGUUCUGCAAUUCCUCCAUUACCGAUUUUUGGUGAUUCUGCUAAUUCUGCUAAUCUUCUUCCCCAAAACUCUGCUCUCAAUAUUUGAGGGUUUAAGACAUCGCCCAAUUUGACUUGCUAAUCAAGGUUUUAGUCCCUUUUUCCCCCUUUUUACUUUAAAUUUUGUUCCCUUUUUUACUUUAAAUUUUUUAAAAAAGUUGUAGUAAAUUUUAACAUUUUUUAUUUUCAAAGUAAUUUCACCCCUGCAAUUUUUUAUUUUUUUUUUGCAUACAGUUAAAAUUUUGAAUUAAAUGAAAUGCAGCAAAAUUUAAAAAGGAAUUGGGGAACUUGUAAAGGUAGGGCUAAGAAGACAAAUGAUCAAAACUUCUCAAUAAAAAAAAAUGUAUCAUCAAAUUAUUUGACAAAUUUUACCAUAGAGAGUUUAAAAUCAUAAUUAUUCACUUUUUUUUUCCUUCUAAUUAACGACAAUUUUUUUUUGUAAUAUCUCCG